GGGAACGCGUUAAUGAAGCCGUGGCACAGGAUAGCAGCGCCAAGGAACGCGGCGGGGUGCAGCUGUUGCGGAGGUGGCGGGGGUGCGUGUUGCCCUGCAGCGGGGGGCGGUGGAGCAGGUCCGUGCUGUUGUGGCGCAUUGUUAGGGGCGAAAGGCAGGGGGAAGGGACCAGGGGCAGCAGGCGGCGGCGGGUGGUGGACCGUAGAACGGCAACCAGGCUCCCUCUUCGUCAAGCUGCUGGUCCUUCGGCCAGAACAGCAGAGCGCUCUGGCGGAGGACAAUGCCGCGCCCGCUUGGAGUGUGCACACCGAUCCGGUCGGGGAUGUGGGGGUGCUGUAGCUCGAUCACGAACCGCAUACAGGACGGUCAAAUCCUGGGCCUGGGCCUGGGAUGCAGAAAGGAUCAAUCUCAAGCACGGAGCCAACGCAGCUGAAGAUAUCCUGACCUUCUCCGGCUCCCAGUGUUCUUCCGGGAAAUUCCAGACCGCUACGUGCCAGCCACGUCGGUACGCGCAUGAAAUGGUCAUCGGUGUCCUCGACACGCUCAAGGCGCACCACGGUCCCGUUGACGCGGAUUGACUGGACCAGCAUCGCGGACUCACGGGCGGCGGGGGAGCCGAGUGGACGAGGGGGGCCGGGUUUGCCGCGGCGAGCGGCGGUUCGACCUCCACGAAGGCGAAGUGGGCGGCGUGGUCCCAGUCGCCCUCGCGCACCCAAACCUCCAGGUAGCCGGGCCCCGCCACAAAGAGAAGUUUCACACGUUGCUUCCUCUGAUCUGAUACGAUGGCGAGAUAUGCAUGGACCUCCGGUCACCUGCAGCUCGACUAUGCAUGUUGACUCCAGAAACAAAAGAACGGAGAUGAUGCAUGCAAGGUCCAGCAAGCCAGAAAGCUACCAGCAUAUGCAUCAACUUGCAUGCAUCUUCAGACUAAUAAGGUAUGGUCACCCUAAAAUAAUGUGUCAAGUUGCAGGGCCUACAGGCUAACCAUGAUGUGGACUGGCGAGCUAAUUUGCAUGAAUCUGAACGCGUACCAACCUAUCAGAGUAUCAGGGUCAGCCUAACCAGACUUCCGUGUGUUCCCGUCUGUACAUGCCGGGACCAUCUCAAAUUGACCCCCUCCGCGUGUUCUUGUUAUCUUGUAGUCAGUAGCACUACAUCAUGACCAUCUGGCAAAACCAUUCCGCAGAAAAUGAAAUCACUGAUUUUUCCUGCUGAAAGUUUUCCAAGCCACACAAAGUUAGAUAUAGAAGAAUGGGGGAAACAAAAAACCAGCAUAUCUACUCCAUAACAGGUUGCUUGCUACGUCUGAAAAGCUGUUCCUUGGAAAGAAGUCUUUAUUUCCACUAAGCUGUAAUAAAGAAAAAGAGGCACAUUCAUCCAUACCUUUGGAGCAUACAUCAUAUAUGUAGGUAAAACAGGAAACGUGUUGACCAUAUUCAACUAAAUACCCAUAUGCAAUGCCUCGUCAGAAGAAAAAAGAAGUACUAACAAGUCAUUUUCUGUUCCCAGCCACUUGAGACAGCUGAAACCUGCAUGUCCAAAACUGCUUAUAUAAGAAGAGGAGCACUCAAGAACACCACACGUCCAUAUACAGUCCAUUGACCUUACUCCUUAGGCUCUCCACAUGGCCUUCUUCUUCAUCCGCGUGGUGCUCCUCUUCUUGCUGAGCACAACAUGCGCCUCUGCACUCACCCCAACAUCGAAUACCACAGACCUUGCUGCGCUGCUCGCCUUCAAAGCACAGCUCAAGGACCCCUUUGGCAUCCUUGCCAGCAACUGGACUGCCACUGCGUCCUUCUGCUCGUGGGCUGGCGUCUCAUGUGACCGCAGUCAGCGUGUCACCGGCCUGGAGUUCAGCGACGUGCCGCUCCAGGGCAGCAUCGCACCACAGCUUGGUAAUCUCUCUUUCCUCUCGACCAUUGUCCUCAGCAACACCAGCAUCAUGGGCACCGUGCCAAACGAGCUUGGCAGUCUGCCCUGGCUUCAAACUCUUAAUCUUUCAUACAAUAGUUUGUCAGGUACCAUCCCACACAUCCUUGGAAACCUUACUAGGCUUGACACGCUUGAUCUUGCUCGAAAUAACUUCUUUGGGGGAAUUCCACAUGAGUUGCAAAAAUUGCACAGCCUUAUUUCUUUAAUAUUGCAAUUCAAUGAACUGAGUGGACCAAUACCACAGGGCCUAUUCAACAACUCAACCAAUUUGAGUAUAAUAAAUCUUGGGUCGAAUUGGCUGACAGGAGCAAUUCCUGAUAGUUUCAGCUCACUGCUAAAGUUGGAGAUGCUAGUCCUAGACGAAAAUCAUCUCUCAGGCCCCAUGCCACCUUCUCUCUUCAAUAUGUCCCAGCUGCAAGCACUGGCUGUCAGACGGAACAAUCUCUCAGGUCCAAUUCCUGGAAAUGAGAGCUUUCACCUCCCUAUGCUGCAAGUGUUAUCUCUGUCAGAAAACCAGUUCAAUGGACCUAUCCCUUUGGGUCUCUCCGCCUGUCAGAACCUUGAAGCGCUCAGUCUUGCAGUGAAUAAUUUCACUGGUACUGUGCCUUCAUGGCUGGCGACGCUGCCAAACCUCACCAAAAUAUACCUGUCAACAAAUGAUCUCACUGGGAAGAUCCCGACUGAGCUGAGCAACCAAACAACGCUUCUUGGUUUGGAUGUCAGUGAGAACAAUCUUGAGGGGGAAAUUCCACCAGAACUGGGAAAUUUAAGAAAUCUUAGUUUUCUAGGCCUUGCAAACAACCAAAUAGCAGGUGUCAUCCCAGAAUCCAUAGGCAAUCUAUCUAACCUUAUGGUAAUAGACUUGUUUGGAAACAGAUUAACUGGACCAGUGCCAGUGUCAUUUCAAAACUUGCUAAAUCUCCGUGGCAUCUGGUUCAAUGGGAACCAGCUCAGUGGGAAUCUCAAUUUCCUGGCAGCAUUAUCCAAAUGCAGGAGCCUGGAUACCAUUAACAUAGCAAACAAUACAUUCACAGGGAUGCUACCACCCUACAUUGGAAACCUCAGCACGGUAUUGCAGUACUUCAUAGCGGAUUACAACAUGAUCACUGGAAGCAUCCCUAGUACACUGGCCAAUCUGAGCAACCUGUUAGUAAUUUCUCUCGGUAAUAACCACCUGAGUGGGAAGAUCCCCACAACAAUCUCUGCGAUGAAGAAUCUCCAAGAACUCAACCUCUCCAGCAACAGCUUGUCUGGCACCAUCCCAGCAGAAAUAAGUAGAUUAACAAGCCUAGUUUAUUUGAAUCUUGGUGGCAAUAAACUAAGAGGUUCUAUUCCAAGCAGUGUCAGUAGUCUAAGCCAACUGCAAGUUAUGACGUUGUCACAAAAUUCACUGUCUUCAACCAUACCGACAACUCUAUGGCACCUUCAGAAACUUGUUGAGCUUGAUCUGUCAUUGAACUCUUUGAGUGGUUCCCUACCAGCUGAUGUUGGAAAACUGACAGCUGUUGCCAUUAUGAAUUUAUCAAGCAACCAGUUAUCAGGUGAAAUUCCAACUUCCAUUGGUAAUCUUCAGAUGAUGAUCAAUCUGAAUCUAUCCAGCAAUUUAUUCCAAGGAUCACUACCAGAUUCAAUUGGAAAGUUACUCAGUAUUGAAGAGUUGGAUCUCUCCUCCAACAUGCUUUCCGGUUCCAUUCCAAGCAGUGUCAGUAAUCUUAGGAACCUGGUAGUACUGUCUCUCAGUGAAAACCACCUGACUGGAACAAUCCCUACAACAAUCACUGCAAUGAAAAAUCUCCAAAAACUCGACCUUUCCGGCAACAGCUUAUCUGGCACCAUCCCCUGACAAGCCUUGUUAGGUUGCAUCUUGAUAGUCUACAGCAGCAAUGAACUACUAGGUUCUAUUCCAUUUUCCAUAUCUCUAAGCCAGCUAUACGACGUGAUCCAAAAUUUAUUGUGUCUUCAACCAUAUACCAAGUUCAUGGCACCUCCAAAUACUUAUGGCUCAAUCAGUCACAUAAAUCUUUCUCAACAGUUUUCCUUCCAGCUGAUGUGUAAGAGUAACAUGAACUAAAAGGAUAGUCUAUAUAUCAGGUGGCGUCCCAAUUUAAUUUUUUGCUCAUACCGUCAUACGAAUCUGUCCAGAAAAAUUAUUCCAACGAACAGUACAGAAGUUUGGCAAGUUACUUCGAACUUAGCGCUUGUCUGUGUUAGAAGUAUCUGGAAGUCUCUAGUCUUUUGUGUAACGAGUUCAUAUCUGUAACAGGAUUGCUAAUCCUUGGACGUGUAGAAGUAGGAUAUGUUCCUUCAGUUUCUUGUAAUUGUAAUAUUGGCGUCCAAGGAUGGUCAUCAGAGCCUAGCUUAGCAAAAUCCUAUACGCCUCACGCAAUGGCCAGCUCGUCUUCGAUUCCAACCAACCAUUGGAACCUCGUACUGGGUUCCCCAUCUCUCGGAAACUGGAUGAAUCUCCUCCAUGAGGGAGGUCAGUCUGGGUCGUCAGCCAAUUACUCCAGGCCGUGGCUCUAGUGGAGCCACAAACUAGCGCAUGCGUGGAGGAGGCCGUGGCAACAACAGCAACAACAAGCCGUCUCGUCAAGAAGUGGGGAAAAUUCUCCAACAACCGUGUCAGUCACUCCAACAACAAUGAGGAUCGCCCACUCUGCCAUGUCUGCUUCAAGAAAGGGCACACUGCAGACGGUGUUGGCACAUGUAUGUGGAGAAUUAUGUUCUAGAUCGGAAACUUGUAGCUGCUGCAACAUCACCAUGAUAUGUUGUGGACAUGAACUGACAUUAGUUACAUCGGUGUACAUUGAUGACCUCAUCUUGAAGACUGAGCCCGGUGACUCUGCUUGAGGACUUGUUGGAAACCUUUAACAGUCUACAUUUUUUUUCUAGAAUACGUAGGAGAACUGCGUAUCAUUCAAUUAAGAGGAAGGUAAAUUAAUGUUUGUACAA